GUCCCAGAAAACGCUGAAACCCCUGAAUCGGCGGCAAAAGAAACUGAAGGUCGAAGUGAUCAGGAUAACUCUAAUAACGCUAAUAACGCUAAUGCUACUCUAGCUACAACUGAACCAAAUUACGAGUCCAUAAACGGUGAGGAGGAGUUCACUGGACACGUCUCACUAAGAGUGGGAAAAUCUGUUUACUUCAUAAACUUCUUAAGCGGUGAUAAGAGUGCGGCCCGCGAGGAGGCAUUUGAUGAGAAUGGACUCAUUUAUGGCAAAUACACGUAUUUCAACGAGGCUAAACUGUCCAAGAUUGUCGUUAAUUACAAAUUCAAUUCCUCUGGAAGUGAUCCCACAUUUGAGGUCUCGUUGUAUAAGAAGAAUGAACCGAAUCGUCUCAAUCCACUCGAAAAUGAAUCAAAUAAA